AUGAAAAUAUUUAUGCAAAUCUUAUGCUUCCUUCUUUUACUAACCUUGUACAAAUGUGCAGUGAUCACUGGGGCCUGCGAAAGAGAUCUGCAGUGUGGAAGUGGGACAUGUUGCGCCAUCAGCUUGUGGCUCCGCGGGCUCCGCAUGUGCACUCCAUUAGGGCGUGAAGGAGAUGAAUGCCACCCUAUUAGCCAUAAGGUCCCUUUCUUCGGAAAACGGCAGCAUCACACCUGUCCUUGUAUGCCAACCUUCAUAUGUUCUAAAUUCACUGAUGGCCGAUACCGAUGCUCAGUAGACUUCAAGAACAUGGACUUUUAAUGAAAAGUGCUUUGUGACCCUUCAUACCUUUAUACCUUCACAGCAUGUUAAAAAGUCUUGAAGAUAAUUAAGUGUCAGUUUACACAGAUGAUUUAAAUGGGGCAGCCAGCAAUUAGUGAUUUCUUAACAUGCAGAUAUUGUUCCCGUAAAACAAAUAAGAGAUUCCAGAGCUGGGAUUAAAAAUGGAAACUUGCAGAA